AUGGCAGAAAAUCCGAUGUCCGCCGCCGCCGCCGCCGUGAUUGACCGCUGCGAUAUCGAGCCGUCGCUAGAAUCAGCGGCGGCGGAGAUAACUCUGCCCCUUCUCCACUUCGACAUAACAUGGCUUUACUUCCACCCAGUGCAGCGUCUCCUCUUCUACGAUUUCCCCUGUUCUAAGCCUCUGUUUCUCGAAACCAUCGUCCCUCAAUUGAAACAAUCACUCUCCCAAACCCUAAACCAUUUCCUCCCACUCGCCGGAAACAUCGUCCACCCUCUCAACUCCGGCGGCAGACCCUUCUCCCGAUUCACCGCCGGCGACUCCGUCUCCCUCACCGUCGCCGUGUGCGACAAGGACUUCAACCACCUCACCGGAAACCACGCCCGCGUCUCCGAUGAGUUCUACGCCUGCGUCCCCCACCUCCCGCCGCCGAAGCAUUCUUCCUCCGACGACCACGUUGUGCUCCCUGUUUUAGCCCUGCAAAUCACACUUUUCCCCGACCACGGCGUUUGUCUGGGUUUCACCAACCACCACGCAAUCGCCGACGCCAGCAGCAUCGUCCGCUUCAUCAGAGCCUGGGCCUCCGUCAACAGAUUCGGCGGCGAGAUCGACGAUAAAUCACGGCCGUACUACGACAGGACCGCCGUGGAGGAUCCCAAGGGCCUGGAUUCGAUCUACUGGAACUUAAUCAAGAGAUCCCGCGCCGUCGAGUCGCCGCCGAUCUCGUUCCCUCUCAACCGAUCCCGCCGGACAUUCAUCCUCACCAAAGACGAUGUCCAGAAGCUCAAAAACUUCGCACACCAAAAACGGCCGGAGAUGAACACCACCUCUUUCACCGUCGCCUGCGCUUUGGUCUGGGUUUGCCUCGUCAAAGCAGAGGCGGCGGAGGCCGCCACCCCGGUAGCCGACGACGAGCCAGAGUUCUUCUGCUUCGCCGCCGACUGCCGCGGGCGGCUGAAUGCGCCGCUACCCGCGGCGUACUUUGGAAACUGUUUGGCCUUCGUGAAGGCCGAGUCGAAACACGGACUACUGAAAGGAGAUGGUGGGUUUGUCAUUGCAGCCGAGUGCACGGGGGAAGCAAUACAAAAGAGGGUGUAUGGUGAGAAGGGAAUUCUCCAUGGGGCGGAGAAUUGGCCGCUUGAAUUCGGUAAACUGAUCGGGAAACGGCUAUUCGGGGUGGCGGGAUCUCCGAGAUUCGAUCUAUACGACGUGGAUUACGGGUGGGGAAGGCCGAAGAAAUUCGAAUCGGCUUCAAUUGAUGGGGAUACUUCUAUGUCUUUAUGUAAAUCCAGGGAUUUCGAAGGUGGCUUGGAGAUUGGUUUGUCCAGAUCUGAGAAGAUAUUGAAUGCAUUUUCGGCUAUUUUUAUUCAAGAACUUGGGAAACUUUAG